AUGUUAGGGAGUAUUGACUGUAUGCAUUGGAAAUGGAAGAAAUGCCCAAUUGCAUGGCAUGGGAUGUAUACUGAUCAUUGUCGUGAACCAACUAUAAUUUUAGAGGCGGUGGCUUCACAAGAUCUUUGGAUAUGGCAUGCCUUUUUUGGAAUGUCUGGAUCAUUAAAUGAUAUUAAUGUUCUUGAUCGGUCACCUAUAUUUGCUGCACUUGCUGAAGGUCGUACUGCUCCUGUCAAUUAUACAAUUAAUGGGCAUGAAUAUACAAUGGGAUACUAUUUAGCAGAUGAGAUUUAUCCUAAUUGGUCAACCUUUAUUAAGACAAUCCCAAGACCAUUGGGAGCAAAGAGAAAAUAUUUUACAAGCAAGCAAAAGUCUGCAAGAAAAGAUGUGGAGCGGGCAUUUGGGGUGCUUCAAUCUCGUUUUGCAAUUGUACGUGGACCUGUUCGAUACUGGGAUGAAGAAACGCUUGCAUAUAUUAUGAAAGCUUGCAUAAUAAUGUAUAAUAUGAUUAUUGAGGAUGAAGGAGCAAUGAACCUUGGAUUUGACCAUGAACAUGAAGUCAAUUCCUUUAUAUCAGUGUCACAUGGUGAAAUACCAGAAUUACAUGAUUUUCUUCAAACUCAUAAUCGAAUUAGGGAUAGAGCAACUAUCUCUCAAUUACAAAAAGAUUUGAUUGAACAUUUGUGGGAACAAUAUGGCAACGAGUAG